GCUAGGUAAAGGAAUGUUAAAGUUUUGACAGAAAUUCAGACGAGUUUAUAACUUCAGGUCAUCUAACAAAAUCAUCACACCACCAUUGUCUAAAGAAACAAAAGAAAGAGUAAUUUAUGCAAGUCUGUUUGAUGCCGAUGUCUUGUAGCAUGGCUCAGCAGAGCACACGUAAAAAGACCCCAGCCCGGGAUAGCAAAACACAACAAGAAAUUGACCGGCAGCACACGCUGUUAGCCGCAGAUUUGGACAAGAGAGCUUUGAAAGGAAACGCAAAAGUGGAGGAUUGGCGUCAUUACAAAGAGUUCACGGGGUUGUCGAAGAAAGAGAAACGAGAACGAUUCCAAAUUCAGCAACAGCGCAAGGAAAUUUUGGACGACUUGAAGAAAGUUCGACGAGGUUAUACGGGACAUUAUGACGAAUCGAAGUCCCCAAUAGAAAAUAUUCAGAGUGCUUUAAAACAGCAGUGUUUAACACCGUUAAGAAGUUCAAGAUUAGAUGUUCCUCGUGCUUACCCAGUAAGAAAGACCAAAUCGAUGGAGCAUAUGCCCGUUGUAAAACCUGGAUGUGUGUCGCAAAGGGGAAGUGAAAUUCAGCAAAGACUCAAAGGUGUAGAUUUGGUAGAGAAACCCACUCACAGUAACAAGUGAAUUCGUAGGAGUAUAUGUAGAUAAAGUACACCACGUAAAAGUAAGGAAGAACCGUGGUGCUGGACCAGACUGUAUUUGAAACAACUUUGAGAACUUAAGAUAAGAAACGCGGAACAGAAAGACAAGUUGACAUUGAAUCUGGUCAAUGUGAUGAAGACAACAAUGCAUACAAUUUUAGUUAAACAUAAUGUUCAGUCCCAACUCAUAUACAGAGCUCGUAGGAAGUUUUUGCAUGUGAAGUGCCAACAAAUUAAAUAUCCGCCAAUUCAUGCAAAGAAGUGGAAAAAUGUUCUCUAACUGUUUACCUUUUGUUUGACUAUAGAAAGUGCUUGCAAAUAACAAAAGUAAACUUAUAAUCUAAUUGCCUUGGUAAUAAAACUUGACUGACUGCUAUUUGA